CACUGCAAACGUGUCAUGAAUGAGACUCUGUGAUGGGUAGUCUACCGCCGUGGGGUCCAAUUUAGCCUCGUUUAUCCUUCGACACGCAGGGGGACACAACAGCGGAGGACAGAAAACAAUGUUCAUUCCAUUAGACUGAGAAGGGCUGCCAAUCUAAACCUGUGCGAUAUUUUAGAUCAGCGCAGUUUACCUUCUCAUCAGUCAUAUUGUCGAUAAAAAAGGACAUACAUUUUUGGAACAUGUAAUAGGAUAUCAAGUCUUGUGUGACCGACACCCACCGAACAGUCAAGGAUGAAAUAAGGAUGAGCCCUCCAGGGCUGUAGACGCGCCCCAGCUGGAGACAUGUUCUAAGAGCAGCAGCAGACCUGCACUGUGGCCACCAUGAAAGGGUUAGGUGCCAAUCGCAGCCGUCACCUGUCGGACUCCUGUGAGCCAUCGGGGGGCCCCCAGAAGCCCCUGUACCCCUUGACCUCUGACCCCCAUGGUCCCUUCCUCCUGAGCCCCACCAUGAACCACUACGGCACCUUGGACCCCCACCAACUUCACCACUACCAGGCCUCCAACCCCCAACCCCUGCCUCCGGAGUGCCUACUGCCCCUGAACCAGAUGUCCAACAGCAGCACUUUCCCCCGACUCCACGUCACCUCCCAACCGGAACAGUCCGACUACUCCCAGGGCUGCAUGGUCCCUGCCGGGGGCGGAGGUAGGCCUGGUGGCAGCCGGGUGGGCACCCUGUCCACCUCCAUGUCAAUGGGCAUGGGCCUGGGUCUCAGCGGGGCUCCCAUGAUCACAAGUGGAUCAGCUACCAUCUCUUCUGCGGCAGCGGCCAAGAUGAACCGGCUGCCAUCUAACCUGCUAGACCAGCUGGAGAAGCACCUACCCCUGCAGAGGGAUGGCUUCAGUACCCUCCAGUUCCACCGGGGCAGGGUGGCCAAGCAGCGCAGCGAGAGUCCUGGACGGAUCCGCCACAUCAUGCACUCUGUCCAGAAGCUAUUCAACAAGUCCCAGUCGCUGGAGGGCUCGGUGGUCAAGGGCAACAUGAACAGCACUACAGGGGGAGGUGAGGAGGGGACCAGGCAGACCUGCAGGAGUAAGAGUAAAGACAGUGCCAAGACUGAGACGCUGAAGCAGCGACCUAGCAGGCAAAAUGCACUGGGGCUUUGGAGCUCAGACGAUGCCCUGGAUAGUGACACAACCACCAAAGUUGGCACUAUCGCCGUGGGCUACCGUAACCCACUUAGCAUGAUGACGCUGGGCAGGGCGGUGUCUGACAGCCAGGCUCCUCCCAGGCACCUCCCACAUGGCUACAACACCAUCUCUGCUCACACACUCAAGGCCUCCAAGAGCAGCAGCGACCUCAAGUACCUGGCCUGCCCGCAAGCAAUGACAGGGACUAGGGGAGGGGAGCUGGUGGGAGGAGGAGGCAGAGAGAGCACCCUGGUGAAGCGAGGCUCCUGGUCCACACUGACCCUCAGCCAGGCCAGGCAGGUGCUCCAGAAGGGUUCAGCCACUGUCAACAGGACGCUGCUCAAAUCCAAGUCGUGUCACCAGGACCUGACCUGUCAGUACCUCCAGGUAGGAGGCCCAGUUCCACUGGGGGACUGGAGUGCUACGCUGGGGGGCCGAGGCCGACCCAGGGGCCUUGAGAUCCCCUGCCGAAGGAUGCGUAGCGGCAGCUACGUCAAGGCCAUGGGGGACGUGGACCAGGACAGCGAGGACUCAGAGGGAAGUCCUAAACCCUCGCCCAAAACAGCCGCCCGCCGCCAGAGCUACCUGAAGGCCACCCAUCAGUCCCUGAACGAGCAUCAGCCUCCACCACCACACAAUUGUCUCCCCUCCCUGAGAGAACUCUCCACCAAUCGGAGCCUGGACAACCUGGACUGCCUGGUGAGUCCGUGCGAGCCCCCGAUGGCCAUGCGUCACUGGGACGAUCGCAGAGACUACCACCAAGGUUAUGCUACCCUGGGCAGGGCCAUGAUGAGCAGUGGUCAGGUGUGUGGGCAGGGCUGUGGGCGCUCACUGUACUGCGAGGCGGAGUCCCAGGCGGUGGAGGCUCUGGACCUGCCCACACCGACGUACUUCCGCUCCCGCAGCCACAGCUACCUGCGGGCCAUCCAGGCUGGCUGCUCCCAGGAUGAGGACACCGCCUCAGUGGACUCUGAUUCACCUCCACCCACCACCCCCGGCUGCACUCAUAUCUCCAGCACCACACUCCCUAGGUGUGUAAGCAGCUCCUGUAAGAAGGGCCCACCACCGGUCCCACCGCGCACCACCUCCAAGCCCCACAUCUCUGUGACGGUGCAGAGCAGCACAGAGUCAGCCCAGGACACAUACCUGGACCAACAGGACCACCGCAGUGAGGCCAACAGCCAAUCAGGACGCAGCAACUCCUCUGAUAGCCUCUGCAGCCUGCGUACAGGCAGCCUGGCCAAGGGCUCUCAACCCCGGGCCCCAGCCCCCAUCCCUGCCCCAAGAGACUCCUUCCCACUUCCCUUCUUCAGCACCACCACAAGUACCGGCACCCAGGUUGAGCCCCAGAAUGACACUCUAAACCCAGGCCCCAGCCUCACUCCAGAUCAGUCCCUAACCCUUCCAGAGCCUGUUCCCACAAAGAGGAAGCUCUCGUCUAUCGGCAUCCAGGUGGACUGCGUUCAGCCAAUCCAGAGAGAGGUUCAACCUCCCCCCUCGACCAAGUUCCAGUCUAUUGGAGUGCAGGUGGAGAACGGCAGGCCACUCAGCCGGGCCAGCAGCAUGGCCUCCAGACAGAACACAGAGACAGAGCCUCAGGACUCUCAACAAGACACCCAUCCCUCAGAAAACAACAGUAGAGCCAACUGCAACAGCCAGCCUGUAGAUCCCGCCCCCACUGCCUCCAACGGUGAGGACAGCGCGAUGGCAUGGCAUCCUCCCAAACAUGCCCCAGUCACGGCGAGAGUGUCUGCCUCCCUCCCAGAGAGAAUGGACCCGGCCCUGGACCCCUCCUCCCUGCCCCCUCCAGACCCCAGCUUAGAGAGUGGUAAUGGCAGUGUCCAGGGAGAUGCAGCCCAGCCCGGCACGCCCACCUGCCUCCGGGAUGGCAACUGGUUCCUCAAACUACUACAGGCUGAGACUGCACGUAUGGAGGGCUGGUGUCAACAGAUGGAGCAGGAGACCAAAGACAAGGACAUCUCAGAGGAAGUGAUGGGAACGGUCCGCAGUGCAGUGGGGAGUGCCCAGCUUCUCAUAGCCCAGAAGUUCCAGCAGUUCAGAGGACUCUGUGAUGAGAACCUGAAUGUGAAUGCCAACCCUCGGCCCACAGCCCAGGAUCUGGCGGGGUUCUGGGACCUCCUGCAGCUCUCUGUAGAGGACAUCAGUGUCAAGUUUGACGAGCUCUGGCAACUCAAGGCCAACAACUGGCAGCUGCCAGAGAAGAAGGUGGAGAGGAAGGUUGUUCCCCCCUCUGUGCCAAAGAAGACGUCCAAGCUGACCACUGGGAAGGACCGGAGCGUGGACUCUGUGGUGGACAAGCAGCGGCAGGAGGCCAGAAAACGCCUGAUGGCGGCCAAACGCGCAGCGUCGGUACGACAGAACUCUGCCACGGAAAGCUCAGACAGCAUUGAGAUUUACGUCCCCGAGGCCCAGACACGCCUCUGAGAACAGACCGCCACCGGCACUCUGCUCCCCAUGAAGGAACAGCCUCUCUCACCCACAUAUACACUCACACACACAUACACACACACACACACCUCCCCAUGAAGGAACAGCCUCUCUCACCCACAUAUACACUCACACACACAUACACACACACACACACUGCUCCCCAUGAAGGAACAGCCUCUCUCACCCACAUAUACACUCACACACACAUACACACACACACACACACACACACACUGCUCCCCAUGAAGGAACAGCCUCACACAUGCACUAGACACACCCCGGGGUACAGAGCCUGGUCCCCUAAUGGCAGCGCAGCAUACAAUCAGAGUAGAACCCAGGAGAGCACAGGCAUGCUAAAAAAAUACAGAACAAUGCAAAACCACUUCCUUCCUGGCUGCCAUGGAGAUGGAGACCUCAACAGACAUUUAAUACUAUUGUUAUUACUAUUAAUAUUAUUAUUAUCUCCUCCUGAAAUGCAUCAAGACUGUCUUAAAUGUGCAUCUUGGAUAAAAGGACAUCCUUAUUCCUUGUCAGCUGAAGAAUCUUGGUAUCCCAGAAGUUUACUCUCUUCUCAUCCCCUCACUUCUUCUGAGUCUGCGAGCUGGGCUGGGCUAGUCUCGUUUACCACACACACUCAGGAUACACACAGGUGUACUCAUUCACUGUCCACACAGUCUUCCUAUUUUCUCUUUGUAUUAGGCUGCCACUCCAUUGGUUGUGGACGAUAAGCUUUACUCUGUAUGGAAUCUAUAUGAGAUGGUGUUAUCGUGUACUAAGGAAGACCGUAGCAUUCUAUCUAUCUCAAACUGGUUACCAUAAUAGUUUUGUAAAUGUUCUUUACCAGAUUGUUUGUUAGACAAGGUCCAGUGUUCAGUACUAAGGUAGUUUUUCUAUAGACCAAGUACAUGUACUGUCGUGAUGAUGUUCGCACAUGAUGCAAUUAUUCUCUCUCUCAUAAACACGCAAUAUGCUGUCUGUCGGUGUCUGUGCAGACUCAUGUUUUACAUCUUCUAUGCCCUUUUGAGGGAAGAAGAGAGAUUACCAGGGCCAGUUGAUGUGCGCUAAGGUAGGAAUGUAACAUGCAUUGAAAAUAACUUGAUAACUGCACCUGUCAUGCCACUUGUUUACCUGGUUACUUUACCCAUAUUUGUUGCAGGGGACCAUGAGGUAUUGUGCACCACUUAAUUACAACAUUCCCUGUUUCCUACUCAACCUCCAGUACAUUUGAAUCAUAAAGUGGAAUCAACUAUAAGCUCUCCUUUUUUCCUGAUUACCAAGAAUGGUUUAUUUUCAGCGGCAUAUGCCAGAGCUCUGCCAGUGGUGUUGGGAGAUAACUCGUAUAAGCAAUAAGUAAAAUGGCAAGUUUGAACUAGCAAUGUAAAAGUGAUUCCGAUGCCCAGUCAAAAAGCAACUACCCCUAGCCCCUAAACUUUCAGUGUUCUCAGAUCUGAAGUGAUGGGUUAAAGUCAAACAAUAUGUGAUGAGUCUAGCUUGUCUUACAAUGUUCCAUGAGGAGCUUCAACUAUUCUUCUUCCUCCUGUCUAAUGCUUAGGCUAUGAGCUGUUUUCUCCAGGUGAGCCCUCAGUCACUUAACAAGCCAACAGUCGAACGAACCAUAACAGCGCUUUGGUCGUCAUACACCAUUAAUAACCACUACUCCAUUGGUCAAAGCCUUACCACCAACUGUCAAAUUAAUAAUGAUCCAAAAGAAUGACAACAUAGCAUACAUUAGAAACUAAGAAAUGUAUUUGCUAUGUAUCACUUGUCUGCAUUGAAAAGGUCUAAGAAUCUAAAUAUUUCAGACUAUGCUCAAGCUGAAUUAAUGUACUCUUAUUAUGGUGUCUGGCUGGCAGUUUGACCUCUUAUUCCUGUGUACAGAUAAUUUUUAAAAACAUUUUGUAUGAGACAUUUUCUGUGACUGGUUUGAAUUGACCAUGCAGUCAGCCAAAACACACGAGACUGUUUUGACCUGUGCCACAGGUUAUAUUGGUAUUUUUCUGGAUUUGGAGAGAAUUGAUGGUGCUGUAUAGGAUUGUACUGAGAUGGUGUGGAGUUUGAAUGCCUUCCUAGAGAAACAUGUCAGCAUCACUGAAAAAGAGGUGUAUUCACACUAUCACGCGACAGCAUUCAUGUGUAUAUGAGCUUUCAGCUUUGCAUUCCUUUUUCUCAUGAUUUGCCAUGUUCCACUCAUUCGCUGAAUUCCAAAUCAACCCUCUGGCCUAGGCACUCCUGUUAGAUCUGAAAUGAUUGGAUAGGUAUGGAGAAAAUCCACCCACUCUGUCAGAAGCAAAGAACCUCUGAUCAGAAGGCAAAGUGCCGCGAUUACGUUUUUGCGCAAAGCUAUGCGAGGGAUUGAUUUGGAAUUUUGAUAAAGAUCUGCAAUUUCAGGAUCUCAAUGCAACUUGUCCCCUUGAAGAGCUGGCUCUCCUCCCUAAAUGGCUAACAUCUGUGCCACAACAAGGCUGCCCUCAAAGUGCUCGUGCGAUCCACAGUCAGUUUUGUAUUUUUAUCUCAUAAUGUAAAAUAUGGCAAUUAGUAGAACUGGGAAAGCAGCUGAUGCAGGGGCACCAGUAUGUUAAUUAUUGUUUAUUUGUAAUACAUCAUACGGACGUGUACAUUUCAUUGUCCAAAGAAAUCAUUAAACAUCCCUUUGUUACA